AUGGAUGAAGUUGGUUCACUACCCCACCAUGGGCAAGUGCAUGCAAACACAACACAGCAUUACGACGGAUUUAAACCCACCUCACAACACCGUCAUCAUCAAGGUGGCACCACCCCACAUCGCGGCGGCGAAGGCGGCGUAAUUAUGAGCCUCAUCCCGGAGACACCCCUCACGGGGACUCAACUCCUCCUGAUCCUUGUCGGCCUCCCCUUUGGAGGCACGCUGCUUCUUUUAAGCAGUGUGUCGUUCAUGGCCAGUCUUGGGGGACUGGCCGUCAUUACGCCGCUCCUCAUCCUGUUCAGCCCGGUGCUGGUCCCGGCUGCAGUAGUCAUUGGACUGGCGGCGGCCGGAGUGCUGGUGGCUUGUGCAUGUGGCCUGGUGGGGCUUGCGUCAUUCUCAUGGGUGGUGAGUUAUGUCCAGCAGAUGCUGAUAUCGUGCCGGACAUCAGUGCUGCCGGAACAUCUGGGCGCUGCGCGUGGCGGACAUGGCGGGGUACGUGGGGCAGAAUAUUCAGACAAAGGCACACGAAGCGAAAAAAACACAAACGACACAAUGAGUUCAUGA